AUGAGCUCUUCAAGCGAUGGUCCCGAAUUCUAUCUCGGUCCCGACGAGUUUGAACCUCCACGGCACGAUAUCCGCAGAAAAUCGUCUUGUGUGAUGCCGUGGUGUGUUUAUUGCGGAUAUGAUUUCAAGCUCGGUGAUCAACUCUUGACACAGAACAACGGCGAGCGCAAAACCUGGGUGGUAACAAGUCUUUCUCUCACCUUGAGCCAUAUGCCCAGCUGGGAGGUUGAAUUUCAGCCGCUGCGUCGUGGAGUUUCCAAGAGGCGAAGGCUUUGCGCAUGCGGCCUCUCCGAAAUCUCCAGGUGCAAGUACGGUGGCUCUGGCUCCCAAGCGUGCCACAAAGCUUGUCAUGGCGUGCCGAAACCAGCCAUGAUUGGUACUCCAUAUCCGACCAUGGUUGAUUGCUACAAGGUCAGACGGUCUGGUUUCAAGCCUACGGCAUCAGAUAGUCAACGAAGACGUGCAUUCAUGGGAGCAGAGCUUGUUUCAUUGCUUGGCGAGUGCAUUACAAACCUACCCUGGGAAUUACUUUACCAAAUUGCAGGCUAUGGAUCGUCCUAUUAUGCCACCGCUCAUCUCAGAACACGAAUGGGCAACCAGGAGCCUCGGGAUAGUUCAUUCGACUUAAGAAAGGACAUCUGGGCCGAGUACGUCGACUUUGAAGGUCAAACAUACAUCCGAGCGCUCUCCAACACGACUCCUGACGUCUUGGACGGAGUGUUCAGGGGCACCUGGAAACUCAUAUUCAGUGCGAAGCCAUACCGGCCUACAUAUAUAAUGUUGAUUGAAAUGUGUCCCCUUGGGAUCCGAAGGAUCAUAUUCACGGAUGAUUCCUCAAGGCCCGAGAUUGAAGAAAAGCCGGACAUCUGGUGGAAAGCAAUGCGCUUUCAAGACGGACGACUUGUCGUUGCAGAGACAGAUGGUGUCAAACUGCGCGGCUUGACGUUCAGAUCUGACCGGUACAAUCAAUUCCCUUCUCGUUCCCGUCUGAAUAUCAUGUGGCCCACGCCAGCCAAGUAUGAUCACUACACCCCAGGGUCUGAGAGAUAUAACCCAAUUCCAACGCCGAGAUCAUAUCUCACCAAAUAUCCGCUGCGAAUGAACUCUAUCGACCUCCAACAUCCCGAUAUACUCGGACUCUCAUUUGCCGUCUACAAUGACAAGUCCCCCGAUUUUAGGCGCUCCAUCAUAAGUGUCCAUGCACACUUGCCAGGAGAAGAUCAUGUGUUCUACCGUGAGGUUGAGAGAAAAGCACAGGGUCACGUAACAUGGCUGUAUAUCCCCCUGGGGCCACAAGAGGCCAUCACUGAGAUUUGGGCCACAAAGGCAAUAGAAGGGCAUUCAGCCACCUCUGGUAACCAUGGCCACUGGCAUUACUGGCAACUUCUUUUCAAAACAAGUAAGGGUCUCGUUCACCAGAUCGGGUCGACGACACAUGGCCUAAGUAGAUGGAAGCUAGUCUAUAGCUCAAGCCAAGGUCUAAAGCGGAUAUUUUUCGAACACACUGACGACACACAACUCGAUGACUGGAUUCUUGGAUUCGAACAUAGCGAUUCUGGGCAUGUGGUCACCGAGGCUCGCCAGCCCCGAUCGGAUGAUCAUCCAACAUUAGGUUGGCCUCAUUUCUUUCAUCAUCUUCCAAAGGCGAAUUGCUCCUCCGCGUCGCUCGACGGCGUCAUUGAAGUGACACAGUGCCUACGGAUACCCAACAACCACAGAUCGCCCGGCAUCGGGAAGUACACCUCGGGGCUUUUACUGCGCUAUCAAGAUGGGCACGUGGAGAGGCUCGGAGAAGCUCGUCUCGACUUGGUGAAAAGUUGCAAAGUUCUCCCAACAGAUGUCCUCCAGUUCAGAUUCCAGUUGUGGCUUGUCAAAACGUGCACAGUCGGCCCAGCUCAAGGAAAUGACGGCUCAACCGCGAGAUAUGCCGAGAUACCCAUGCGUGGAACUCUUCACUGGUGCUUUAAUGAGCAGGUAGUUUGGCUCAUGCACAACAAGAAGAUGAUUCCCCCAAGGACUUCCCAUUAG